CAUGGGGAAUGUCUUUGGCUUUCACCAGUCCUUUUCACUUAUAAAUGAAAGAACGGAUAGAUAUUAUAGUUCGUUUGCCUUAAUCAAAAUUUCAAAUGAUGUGGGAAGUGGAAGAGGUUCUAUCCAUAUUUCAAAUGAUGUGGGAAGUGGAAGAGGUUCUAUCCAUACAGGAACAAUAGCAGGAAGAAUUACAGGAACCAUUUUUCUGGUGGGCCUGAUUGUUGGCUUGUCUUGGAUCUUGUCUUUUAGGGAGAACAGAGAUGGAGAGGAUGAGAUGGAAGAUUAUUUGGACAAACUAUCAGGAUUGCCUAACAGAUUCACUUAUCAAGAACUAAGAGUAGCAACAGAAGAUUUCCAGAAAAAGCUUGGGAAAGGAGGGUUCGGGUCAGUUUUUGAAGGAAAUACCACAGUCGGUGAGAAAAUUGCCGUAAAGCGCCUGGAUGCUUUAGGCCAAGGAAAGAAGGAAUUUCUGGCCGAGGUCAAGACUAUAGGAAGCAUCCACCAUAACAACUUGGUGAGGCUAAUUGGAUUCUGCGCAGAAAAAUUGCAGAGACUAUUAGUGUACGAGUUCAUGUGCAAUGGGUCCUUGGACAAAUGGAUUUUUCAAGAGCCACUGAAGCAUUCUCUAGAUUGGCAAAUAAGAAAGACAAUUAUCUUAGACAUUGCGAAGGGGCUGGCCUAUCUCCAUGAAGAUUGCAGACAGAAAAUAGUUCAUUUGGAUAUCAAACCCCAAAACAUUCUCUUGGAUGCAGACCUACAUGCCAAGAUAUCGGACUUCGGAUUGUCCAAGUUGAUUGAUAGGAAUCAAAGCCAAGUGUUAACCACGAUCAGAGGAACUCCUGGGUAUCUGGCACCUGAAUGGUUUAGCUCAAUAAUCACAGAGAAAGUAGAUGUUUAUAGCUUUGGAAUUGUAGUCAUGGAAGUAGUGUGUGGAAGGAAAAAUUUGGAUAGGUCACAGCCUGAGGAGUGCAUGCAUUUGCUCCCUAUUUUCAUGCAAAAAGCGAAGCAGGAUCAGUUGAUUGAUAUGGUUGACAGAAGCAAUGAAGAUAUGCAAUUGCGCAAAUCAGAAGUAGUGGAGAUGAUGAAGGUAGCAAUUUGGUGUUUGCAAAGUAAUUACACAAGGAGGCCUUCCAUGUCAAAGGUGGUUAAGGUCUUAGAAGGCAAUAUGGAUGUGGAAGCUGAUCUAGACUAUAGCAUCCAUAAUGCAACAACAACGGCUGCAAUAAGAAAAGCGGCAGAGCAAGCAACUACAGCUCCAUUAUCGCCAUUUAUUCUAUCGGGACCAAGGUGAAGAAUGAUCAUUUUGUAAGAAAUAAUGGUUUUCUAUUUCUUAUUAUGUUUAUAUUUUCCUUGAAUCCAUUCAAAGAUAUGUUGGUGCAAUUGAUAAUUGUAAUAAAAGGUUUUGAACA